UGACAUCUUCUCACACCCUACUGAGUUUAGUUCUGAAUUUUGUUGGGUUGGACCCUAACCCUCACCAGACCAAAAGCUCUCCAGGGAGCCAGUGAAGCGGAGAAUGUCGGAAACCCCUCGGACCGCCUUUGGAGGCAGGAGAGCCGUCCCCCCCAACAACUCCAAUGCAGAAGAGAAUGACCCCCCAACAGUAGAACUGCAGGGCCUGGUGCCCCGGGGCGUCAACCUACAAGACUACCUUAAUGUCACUGGAGUUCACCUGUUCAAAGAGAAAUGGGACUCCAACAAAGUGGAUCACCACACUGACAAGUAUGAUAACAAGAAGCUAAUUGUACGUAGAGGACAGUCCUUCUACAUCCAGAUUGACUUCAAUCGUCCAUACGACCCCAGACGAGAUCUCUUCAGGGUAGAAUAUGUCAUCGGUCGCUAUCCUCAGGAAAACAAGGGAACCUACAUCCCUGUUCCCAUCGUUUCAGAGUUGCAAAGUGGCAAGUGGGGCGCCAAGGUUGUCAUGAGAGAGAACAGGUUCGUCCGGCUGUCCAUCCAGUCUUCUCCAGAGUGCAUUGUGGGGAAAUUCCGCAUGUACGUCGCGGUCUGGACCCCCUACGGAAUAAUCCGCACCCGCCGAAACCCGGAAACCGACACGUACAUUCUUUUCAAUCCUUGGUGUGAAGAUGAUGCUGUGUACCUGGAUGAUGAUAAAGAAAAAGAAGAGUAUGUCCUGAAUGACAUCGGGGUGAUUUUUUAUGGAGACGCCAAUAACAUCAGGAGUAGAAGCUGGAGCUAUGGUCAGUUUGAGGAUGGCAUCCUGGACGCCUGCCUGUAUAUGAUGGAUAGAGCACAAAUGGACCUUUCAGGCAGAGGGAAUCCCAUCAAAGUCAGCCGAGUUGGCUCAGCGAUGGUUAAUUCCAAAGAUGAUAAUGGUGUCCUCGUUGGAUCCUGGGACAAUAUCUAUGCCUAUGGUGUCCCCCCAUCAGCCUGGACUGGAAGCAUUGACAUUCUGUUGGAAUAUCAGAGUUCUCAGAAUCCAGUCCAGUAUGGUCAGUGCUGGGUCUUUGCUGGUGUUUUUAACACAUUUUUGCGAUGCCUUGGGAUACCAGCAAGAGUUGUUACCAAUUAUUUCUCAGCCCAUGAUAAUGAUGCCAACCUGCAAAUGGACAUCUACCUGGAAGAAGAUGGGAACGUGAACUCCAAACUGACCAAGGAUUCAGUAUGGAACUACCACUGCUGGAACGAAGCCUGGAUGACGAGGCCUGAUCUUCCCGUUGGAUUUGGAGGUUGGCAAGUCGUGGACAGCACCCCUCAGGAAAACAGUGAUGGAAUGUACCGGUGUGGCCCUGCCUCUGUUCAAGCCAUUAAGCAUGGCCAUGUUUGCUUCCAGUUUGAUGCACCCUUCGUUUUUGCAGAGGUCAACAGUGAUCUUGUUUACAUUACAGCUAAGAAAGAUGGCACUCAUGUAGUGGAAGCUGUUGAUACCACCCACAUUGGGAAAUUAAUUGUGACCAAAGAAGUUGGAGGAGAUGGCAUGAAGGAUAUUACUGAUACCUACAAAUUUCAGGAAGGUCAAAAGGAAGAGAGGCUGGCCCUCGAAACUGCUCUGAUGUAUGGAGUUAAAAAGUCCCUCAACACAGAUGGUGUCGCCAAACAGAGGUCUGACGUGGACAUGGAUUUCGAAGUGGAAAACGCUGUGCUGGGAACAAACUUCACGCUCACCAUCACCUUCCAGAACAACAGCCCCAAUUCUUACACCCUCUCAGCCUAUCUCUCGGGCAACAUCACCUUCUACACCGGAGUCUCCAAGGAGGAGUUCAAGAACGAGACAUUCGACGUGACACUGGAGCCUUUGUCCUUCAAGAAAAAGGAGGUGCUGGUCAGAGCCAGUGAGUACAUGGGCCAGCUGCUGGAACAAGCGUCCCUGCACUUCUUCGUCACAGCUCGUGUCAAUAAUACCGGGGAUAUUCUGGCCAAGCAGAAGUCCAUUGUGCUGCUAAUCCCCAAGGUCAUCAUCAAGGUCCGUGGCAGUAAGAUGGUUGGUUCUGACAUGGUUGUGACAGUUGAGUUCACCAAUCCUUUGAAGGAAACUCUGCAAAACGUUUGGAUACGCCUGGAUGGUCCUGGAGUGAUAAAGCCAACGAGGAAGAUGUUCCGUGAAAUCCGGCCCAACUCCACUGUGCAGUGGGAGGAAGUGUGUCGGCCUUGGGUCUCCGGCCGUCGGAAGCUGAUGGCCAGCCUGACCAGUGACUCCCUGAGACAUGUGUACGGCGAGCUGGACUUGCAGAUUCAAAGACAACCUUCUGCGUAAAUGCACAGGAGACUGGGCUAGACCUGGGCACUUGGCCUCUUGUAGUCUUGAUUAAGGAAAUUCUAAUGCAAAAAUAGUCAGCUCUUGCUUUAACUUAGGUGUGAAAACCCAGACAGGACUCGAUAGGGAGGGCCCCAGAGUGGAGAUGCCAUGUAUUCAAAGACAUACUUUUCCAUACCCGGCUAUUCAGUGUGGAAGUUGGUUUUUAAUUGCUCCACCUUCCAAAGGAUUCUGAGGAUUAGCUUUAAUUAAGCUCUCAUUAAGCUCUCAUAGCUCAUAAGAGUAAAAGUCAUCAUUUAUCAUCGCAAGUGGCUGCAGCUCCAAAUGUCAGAGGACUUUCUUUAUUUAGCAAGGGGAUUUGCUUUAUACCUGCCUCAUGUAAAACAAGACUUCUAGUAACUGGGUAUGUUACCCCCAAAAGUGAGGGAAGCGCAUUAUUCUGACCCUAGAAUUCUACUCCCCUUUCUUAGAAGCAGUAUCUGCCCACUGUGUCAGAAUAUUUUUCCCAGGAAUUGAGUACAGCAUCAUUUGUCUUCUUGGCAAAGCUAGGGUCUUUCAUCUUGCACCUGCAGCACAGCGACUGCCUGCCAAAUUUCACAGAUUUACCUUGUGAGAAGAUGUGGCCCCAUAUUAAUAAAUUGCAUUUGUGAGAAGCUUAAUCACCUAAGAGGAGAUAAGGAAGCAGGUGUAAUACUCAGAUCUAUUAAAUAAUGUAGUUUUAUGGUACAUUUAAAGGAGGUUUCCCACCAUGGCGUGAUCAGCAGGAACCAAUAGCCCUUACUUUAACCCUUUCUGGGCUGCAGUACAGGCACACCUCAAAGAUAUUGCAGGAUCGGUUCCAGACCACCAAAAUAAAAUGGAUAUAGCAAUAAAGCAAGUCAUAACCUGGUGAAGGGGCUUGCCUUCAAUUUACUAAAAAAAAAAACCCCACAAGUAUGCCUGUACUAGAAAGCAGUGAGGCUGACUCAGGACAGGAGGAAUUAGUCUCUUUAAUUAGUGGUUAUACUUCACUUGUCUCUCUGGGAUCAUCUUCACACCACGAUGUGGGCCCAGGUCCAUUUUUGGAGAUAGAAUAAGCUGAAAAAUGCGGAGAAGCUGGCAGAUUUAGUGACCAGAUAUGUGGAAGGAUUGGCAGCCACUAAUUCUCUCUUGUCCUUCACAUCACCCAUGUUGAGAGCACAGCUCAUCACUCAGGUUGCUGCAAGGUAAUGUGGACUCCACCUUGCAAAUAGCCAGUGCUACUGCAGACCCUUGACAAAGGACACCUGCCAUCAUUUGUGCUGUGGUCCAAGGUUCCAAUAGACAAGGCCACCUGGUAUUUAUUCGCAAGGCUGAUUUAUGGCCAGAAUUACCUAUUGAUAUGCCUAGGGUGUGAUUUAGGUCAGUAGGUUGUGAUUCUUAACAAACAAAAAUGAACAGUGGGUAGAAAGCUGGGACGGGGGGAGCCAGAAUAGAAUUCUCCAGCCUAUAAAACCACAUUUCUAAGCCUUUGAGACUUUUGCUGAGUCUUCAGCACCAGGAAUCCAUGAGGAUAGCUGGUCCCCUAUAGCAAUAUCAUACCUAACUCUAUUAAGUAAUCUCCCAGCAUUUGCCAUGCCUUCCAAUAUUCAAUUUUAAAAUUAAAUGCACUUUGCUAAUCUGUUUAACUGGCUUAAUGUAGUAUAUCCUUAUUAACUAGAAUGUAAUCAAAGCUUAAAAUAAAGUUAAUCUGAUUGUAUUUGAA